ACACAGAGAGUUCACUUCAGUCAGUCGCUGUUUGGCCACCGAGCGGGUCUCAGUCGGGCUCUUUCAGUCAGUCGGGCGCGCUCUUUCUUCUCUCUCUCUCUCCACUUUCUUCCUCACUCUCUCCGACAGAGCCGCGGUCCGUUCCAAUUUCCGUCGAACAUCGCUUCCCUUUGGUCGCGAACUUUCGUCCACCUCGGGAACCCUUUUCUCGGUCGGCGGAGUUUCUGCGGAAGUUGGCCUUGGAACGUCCUUGGACCUUCAGCCGCCACUGAGAAACAACCAUAAUCGGCUGACUAUACGGCGGUUCCGCGCGCGCGAAACAUCGCUGCGGGAACGGUGUCUCCGGGGCACAUGGACUCAGAGACACGAGGGAUGGAGAAGGGAUCAGCGUGAAGCACUUCUGCCAGAUACCACGCUCCUGGCUGCAGUACGUGGACGGUGGUUGCUGGAAUAGUCACAGUCGGCUUUCCGCGGGCUACGUAUCAUCCACGGGCUGCGAAUCCUCGCAGAGGAUCCACCUUCGCCUUUCAGCGACCCUCCACCGAGGACCAUGAAGAGAUCUUCGAGCCAUCUCUCGAGGAUCCUCACCUCUAUUCUAUGCCUGUUCAUGGUUUGCCUGCUUCCUGCCAGGACAACGAAAAUAACGAUUGUUCCAGGUGCUCUAGAGGAGAACUGCACAGAUUUCCAGGGCGGCACUGUCCGGCACGGGGAGCUAUACGUGCCGGGCCCAUCGGUCUGCAGUCUCUGCGUUUGCUAUCACUCGGAGCCAAUGUGGUGUAAAGCGAUCUACUGUUCGCCGCCCUACAGAUGCAAGAUGUUCCGGGUCGGCGAGCGUUGCUGCGAGUUCGAGUGCCUGAACGACACGGUCGCGGACUGGACCAGCUCGCCGCGCCUGAUCAUCGCAACCGGGUCCGCACAGGUACAGGAGCAGAAUGCCGCCGUUUGGCUGGUGGGGCUAUUCGCGUUGCUGAAGGCGCUCUAGUUCCUCCGGUUCCGGUACCUGGGACUCGGCCUCUGGGACAUUACGGAACGGUACGGAGCAGCAGCACCGGGUGCGAGCGUGUACGAGAGGGUGCGGGCCGACACGGGAAUCUACGGGGGAUGAAACAUGUCCGAUCAGAGGGGAGUUUGUAUCGCGGCUUGACGAUACUCGAGGAGGAAUGCGACGCAGCCACAUCAGCUUCUUCUCGGGAGAGGAUGCUCGAUCUUUGUUCUAGAUCGUAGACUCUAGAUCUAUCUUGUUACUGGCGCGACUGGCAGAAUUUUUUCAGUUGUUUCGAACCAGCAGACUGCGGAUUUUCAUGCGACACGAAACGGUCUGCAUCGUGAAACAGCGAUCACGCGGAGCGUUCUUUCUUUCUCGAAUAAUUUGUGAAUAAAUCAAAAAUCGUACGUUUUUAAAUUCUUCGAAUCUUUCUACCGGUUCAAAGGCGGAUAUAAAGUCCGCAGUCUAGUAAUAAGAGUUCGAGCAGUCACGAGGGCUGUUAUCGUUGCCAUCGUGAGCACAUUGUGGAUCUUUGUCGCUGGAACUGUCGAAUCCUAAGCGAGAUACAUCUUGGAAUGUAUAGGAACAUUCUUGAAAUUUGUCCGAGGUCCUUGCAGUUUCGCAUUUGUUCCAUAGUGAUUUUCAUCUAAAAUGCAUAAAAUCGAACGGUGAGAUUGAAUUUACUCGCUAGAUAUUCGUACGAUUUUCAUUGCCACGUGCUUGGACAACGAGCUUCGUUGAAAGGUCUCUCAUCGAACGUUUUCGAAACCUUAAUAAUCGCGAGGGAAGAGAUCAGAGACGAGUUUGACAGUUCUAGCGUAGCGUAGAAAUUAAAAUAACGUUCGCGUUGAUGAAAAUUGUUAGCAGUUUGCUGUUGUUUCUCCGUUGAGAAAUUACCGCGAUCUUCUUAGUUCUGUAAAAUGAUUCAUCGUUUGCACAAAGAUCCACAGUCGUUUCUCACGCCUUUACUCGAAUAAGAUCGCCCUGUUUGUUUAUAUUAUCGGCUCUAUUUUCCGAGGUGUAAUUCAAUUAUCCUUCCGCGAAUUGCCAAAGGUUUAGUCCUGCAUUAGGUGCGACGUAAGAAUUCGACGCGAUCGCACUUAAACUGUGAGAAGUAUAGUUCAAGAGAUACCCGAAGAAGCGCCUAAUUCAGGGUACAUUAACCGCAGCAGUUUCGAUUUUUAGAUAAUCAGACGUCGACGUAUUGUUACAUCGCUGAAGAGAUUAAUCUUCGUUCAUGGUGGCAGCUCGGGCACAGAGAGUCGAACUAUGGCGUUCAAUCUAUUAAAACGAGCGAUACGAACCUCUUCAGGAUCGGUUUAUUGACAAAAAAAGAAGAAAAAGAAAGAAUUAUAUUUUCCUUUACAAAGAA